GCGGCGUUUGACUUGGAGCGCUGGCUGAGCAGCGGACGCCGGAAGUGGGCGCACGGGCCGAGGCGAUGGUGGCGAUCAGCUGAGGGGCGGUGGAGCCAUGGACCUACUGCCGGCCAACCCGCACGGCAACGGCCUGCUGUACGCCGGCUUCAACCAGGACCACGGUUGUUUUGCAUGUGGAAUGGAAAAUGGAUUCCGAGUCUAUAACACUGAUCCAUUAAAGGAGAAGGAAAAACAAGGUGAGGCGUAUCGCUCGUCAGAAUUUAUGGAGGGAGGAGUUGGUCAUGUCGAAAUGCUUUUUCGAUGUAAUUAUUUAGCUUUGGUUGGAGGUGGUAAGAAGCCCAAGUAUCCUCCCAAUAAAGUGAUGAUAUGGGAUGAUUUGAAGAAGAAAACUGUUAUUGAAAUUGAAUUUUCUACAGAGGUCAAAGCUGUCAAACUACGGAGAGACAGGAUUGUAGUAGUUUUGGAUUCCAUGAUUAAGGUCUUCACAUUCACUCACAAUCCUCAUCAACUACACGUCUUUGAAACUUGCUACAAUCCAAAAGGGUUAUGUGUCCUUUGUCCAAAUAGCAACAAUUCUCUUCUAGCAUUUCCAGGAACCCAUACUGGGCAUGUGCAAAUUGUGGAUUUAGCUAGUACUGAAAAGCCUCCAGUUGACAUACCAGCACAUGAAGGAGCUUUGAGCUGCAUUGCUUUAAAUCUUCAGGGGACACGCAUUGCCACAGCUUCAGAAAAGGGAACCUUGAUUCGAGUUUUUGACACUACGACAGGACAGCUCAUCCAAGAGUUGAGAAGGGGGUCACAAGCAGCAAACAUUUAUUGCAUUAAUUUUAAUCAAGAUGCUUCUUUAAUCUGUGUAUCAAGUGAUCACGGGACUGUUCAUAUUUUUGCUGCGGAGGAUCCCAAAAGAAACAAACAAUCUAGUUUGGCAUCAGCAAGUUUCCUUCCAAAGUACUUCAGUUCUAAGUGGAGCUUUUCCAAGUUUCAGGUUCCUUCUGGGUCACCUUGUAUCUGUGCCUUCGGUGCUGAGACAAAUGCUGUUGUAGAAAACUGAGAAGAUGGCGUGCUUGCGUAUGCGCAGCCCUCCGGUGAAAAAUUAUAUCGUAUCUGUUAAAUAGGGGCCGUGGACAAUUCUGAUUUGAUGGGGAAUGGACGUGAAAGCACAGAGGAACAUCUGGGGAAAUUUCUGAAACGCCCGUUCGCUGCUGUCGUUACUGUGUUGUCGGGAAUCUUUCGGCGGGUAGGCCUCAAAAUCCCCAGCCUUGCCUGCUUUUGGCGAUCGGGAAGGAGGUCGAAUCGUUUGGACAGAGAUGGCACUCAGUACUUGGUGUCGGAGAGCUGCUCAGAGCUCGAAGUUUUCAGAUGACUCAGAGUCGGACCGUGGUCAGGUUUGACAGGGAGUUUUUCUUCCUUCUCCUGUCUGCGUGAGAUGUGGGACAUUUGAGAAACUUUGAGCUUUACUGUGCUCAUGGACUUCUUCCAUCAAGUUAUGGUAUUGUUGCACUGUUGUAACUAUAUGUUAUAAUUAUGUGGUUUUGUCAGUUUUGGUCUGUCCUCUGUUCUGUGAUAUCACACUGGAGGAAAUGAUGUAUCAUUUCUUAAUGCAUGCAUUACUAAAUGACAAUAAAACAGCACUACGUGUCUUCAUAAUCUAAAAUUAGCUACAAUGUUUAAUAGAGCAAAUGCAGGAUUAUCCACUUUGGAUCCAAGCCAGACAACCAGUUAAUCGUGGAAGACUAGGAAGAGCAAAAGGACUUGAAGAUUUUAAAACUGAUAGAGAUUCAAUGGAUAAUUCAAGGAUAGAUUGCAUAAAAUAGAUUAGUAUGAACUUCAAUCUGAUAGUUUCUGACCUGAAACUUAUUAAAUCAUCAAAGCUUCAAAGUGGAGGCAAAGGAACCAAAUCCUAAUGAGAUGCUAGUAUUUAGAAGUAGUGCGGAUGGGACUGAAGUCAGAAUAUGUAGAUGGCUUAAGCUGAUUCAGAGCUCUGCUCCCAAUAUUCAGUGGCUGUUCAGUGCUUAUGGCCUAGCUCUCAGCACUCAAGACCCUCAAUACAUUUAAAAUCCAGUGUCUUAUAUUGAAAAUCCCUUCAAUCUCAACUCUUAUUUCCUAACUUCUACAGUCCUUCAAUCUCCAGUCACCAGCCCCCAAGCCUCUCAUUUGGCUUUCCCUUCAUUACACAAUUGAUAGCAGUUUGGGGCUGUCUUUUAUAGAUCCCCUCAAAACUAAAAGACUGCAGUCUUGACUACCCUUCUUAUGUGACUCAGCAUCAUCCUUCUUAGUUAUGCACCAAUAUGCAAUUUUCUACACGGGAAGAAAUAUGGCAAAGCAUAUUUAGCAUUAAUCAUACUAUUUCUGCUCACUGUGAUGUAAUAGUUGCAUUAUCAUUGAAGCUUUAGCUCCAUGCUAUUUUUGGGCAUUCUUCUAUUUAAUACUUUAGAUAAUGUUGUUUUGCUUACUUAAUGCACUUCUUAGGGCUUGACUGCAAGUUCAGCAAACUGUCCAACAGCUAAUACAUAUAGGAUUCAGUUCACAACAUUUUACCUGUUUAAAACCAAACCCCAAUGAGAAAUAUGCUUUUUAGCCCAACUCGUGCAAAUUGAUCAAGGUGUUGCCUCAGCUGUCCCAUUUGCCUAUAUUUGGCCCACAUAAAUCUUCCCAUCCAUGUAGAGUCCAAAUGUCUUUUAAACAUUGUAUCUGCUUCUAUUACUCUACGCAAUAUCAAUAAUAAAAUAUCUUCCUCUGACAGAUACAGCAUGGAAUAGCUUCUGCUGGCACAACCAACUGCACCUCCCUGCAACAUACCUUUAACCCUAGCCUAAUCACAGGACAUUUACAACCUACUAACCCAUACAUAUUUGGGAUGUGGGAGGCAAUCAGAGCACCCAGUGGAAACCCAACACAGUCACAGGAAGAAUGUACAAACUUCUUAUAGACAACAGUGGAAAUUGAACCUAGGCUGCUGGUGCUAAAAUAGCUUUACAAUAACUGCUAUGCUAAUUUGUGCUUGGGGAGUAAAAUAGCUAGUUUACAGAGGGUUGUGGCUUUUUCUGCUCUACCUUACUGUACAGUUCACUGCAUGCUGCAUCAAAAAAUAUACAAAUGUUUUCUUAUGAUUGAAAGAUUUAAAUUAUCAAUAAAGCUUGCAGGCAGUAUAAAAUGAACAAAAUCAAACUGCUCUUUCUCAGAGCCAAAGACAUCAACAUUGAUUUUAAGGACAUGUAAAAAAAUGCACCUCAAAACACAGUCUUGUUGGAGAGAUUCAGUUAUUACAUCAUAAGUGAUGACAACCUGUGAUAUAAAGAGAAAUACAUUGAAUUCCACAAAACAAUACUUAUGCCUUUAAAGCUAUUAAAUAGGUAAGAGGCCAUUCAGCCAGGCUAAUUGACCAUUCACCUGCCUUUGCUCAUACCUGCCAAUUCAGUUGUUUGAAAGGGGCACUCUCCUGUCAUAACCUACAGAACAGAUUAACUCAAUGUUGCAAUGCUCAAUUGCAAUAGAUUGUAUUUUACCAUAAGCAAUUAGAUUGUCCUUGAAUCGAUGUUCCACAGAACGCCAAAGGGCAAUAAGAAUGAAUGAAAUAAAGGGUUUCUUCCACAUUUUCCCCAGUUGCCCAGAUACCCCACCACCCUAUUCCAGUUGAUUCUACCCUUA